ACCAUGGAGAUACUUGUUAUUAACACAUGUUGUCAUUCAUAACAGCGCAUGCUCAUUGGUAACAAAGAUGGCGGUUUAAGUUAAAUUUUUCAUUUUAAAGGAAAUAAUUUUUAUCGGCGUUGAAAGUCUCUUAGGACUAGGGAAAUGGUAUUUUCGAAACUACUUUAUAAAAGCAACAAUAUACAUUGAAAUUAAAAAGUCGGACUUUUAAUUUUGAUAUGGUUCAGCAUGCUGUAAAUCAAAAUGUUGAAGAAGAAGACAGGAGAGAGUGUAAAGGUCAUCAUAAGAUGUCGCCCCAUGAACCAGAAGGAAGUUUCUGAAGGGUUUGAAAGGGUUGUUGAACUAGACAUCAAACGUGGUCAUGUGUUGUUAAAGAAUCUAGCCAAACAAGGUGAACCGCCAAAGGAAUUCACAUUUGAUGCAGUUUAUGAUUGGAACUCUGUUCAACGUGAUCUCUAUGAUGAAAGCUUUAGAGGAUUGGUGGAAUCAGUUUUAGGAGGAUAUAAUGGUACAAUAUUUGCGUAUGGUCAAACAGGAACAGGAAAGACGUACACAAUGGAAGGUGUCAGAUCAGAUCCUGAACUUCAAGGUGUCAUUCCCAACUCAUUUGAUCAUAUAUUUAAACACAUUGCCAGAACUCAUGACCAACAGUAUCUUGUUCGAGCAUCUUACCUUGAAAUAUAUCAGGAGGAAAUACGUGACUUGCUAGCCAAAGAUCAGAAAAGAAGACUGGAGUUAAAGGAACGGCCUGAUACUGGUAUAUAUGUUAAGGACCUCCAGUCGUUUGUAUGUAAAAGUGUGAAGGAAAUUGAACAUGUCAUGAAUGUCGGUAAUCAAAACAGAGCCGUGGGUGCUACGAAUAUGAACGAACACUCGUCGCGUUCCCACGCCAUUUUUAUUAUUACAAUUGAAUGUAGCGAAGUUGGCCCAGAUGGUGAAGGACAUAUUCGUGUUGGAAAACUAAAUUUGGUCGACUUAGCUGGUAGUGAACGUCAGGCAAAGACUGGCGCUGCUGGAGAACGACUAAAGGAAGCGACUAAAAUCAAUUUAUCUCUCUCUGCUCUGGGAAACGUCAUUUCUGCUCUUGUUGAUGGAAAAAGUACCCACAUUCCUUACCGUGACUCAAAACUUACUAGACUUUUGCAAGAUUCUCUUGGUGGCAAUGCAAAAACAGUAAUGGUUGCUAACAUGGGUCCUGCAAGCUAUAAUUAUGAAGAAACUCUCACCACGUUGAGAUACGCAAACCGCGCAAAGAAUAUCAAAAACAAACCGAAGAUUAAUGAAGAUCCAAAGGAUGCUUUACUUCGUGAAUUUCAGGAAGAAAUUGCGAGAUUGAAAAACGAGCUACAAAAAAGAGGAAAAACUGGUCGAGAAAAAAGCAGAAAAUCAAAUCGUAGUAUUGGAGAGAAUGGCGAUGCUGUAGAUGAUGCUGCUGAUGAUGAAGAUUUAAUUCAAAAGGCUCAGAGUGAACUUGAGAUGGAGAAGAAAGCCUUGCUGGAGAAUCAAAGUAUGAUGGCUGAGGAGAAGGAAAAGUUAAUGAAUAAAAUACAAACGAAGUCACAGCAGCUUAAGAAACGACAGAAGGAACAGGAAGCGCUUAAUGCCAAAAUCAAAAUGAUGGAGAGUAAGUUAUUAGUUGGCGGCAAAAGUAUAGUUGACAAGACCAGCGAACAGGAACGAGCUUUGGAACUCAGGCGAAAGGAAUUGGCCGAACAGAAGGCUCGGGAACGCGAGAUGAUUCAAAAGCUCGAGGAAAAAGAUGGGGAGUCAUAUCAAAUGAAAGAGACGCAUUCUACACUUCAGGAAGAAGUUGAUAUUAAGACGAAAAAAUUGAAAAAGAUUUACAGCAAGUUACAACAAGUGAAAGCAGAAAUCACCGAUCUGCAAGAAGAAUACAUCAGUCAACGUCAACAACUAGAAAAAAACCAAGAAGAUCUAAUGCGCGAUUUGAAAUUCAAAUUGCUAUUGAUCGAAAAUUUCAUACCGCCAGAAGAAAGAACUAAAGUCAUAAACAGAUGCGUUUACGAUGAAGAAAAUAGCGAAUGGAAAUUAAAACCCAUCACAGAAAAUAAAAAAGAGACUAUGACGAAGCGUCCUGUUUCUGCAAUCGGAAAUCGUCGACCUAUAACCGAGUAUGCUCGUGUUGCGGCCGCUCUUGGCGGGAAUCCGCGUUACAAGGCAGAAAACAUUAUUCAAAUAGAACUGGACAUGCCGAACAGGACAACAAAGGAUUACGAGGGUCCUGCUGUAGCACCACGAGUACAAGCAGCGUUGGAUGCUGCUCUUCAAGAUGAGGAGGACAUAACACUGGAUGCAAAUGUUCUUCUCAGCAAGCCCAAUGUGAAGUCAAAACGACAGGAUAAACAAAAAACAAGGAGUAGAAACAAAAGACCCGAAACAGGUACUUCCCGUGAAUCUUUGCAGACAGAGAUGUUUCCAAAAGCCAGGGGACUGGUAUCAAGACAGCAACGGUAUUAACUGUAUAAUUUACAUGACGAACAUUUUGCACCAAAUUUGUCUAUAA